CUGGCCUCUGUCCCCCCCCCUCUCGGUCAGAACCAACCACCCGGAGCGAACCAAGCAGCCAAGAAAAUUCACCAACCCGACCUUCACAACGAGUUAUGGAGGCGAGGCGAAACGUUCGGCCGUUGACUGCUCUAGCGGUUUCUCUGUUGUCACUUUCGAGCUACCAGCCGGUGCUUGUUGGAGCCGAUGACACGAUUAACGGCGUUGUCAGCGGGGCGUUCGAUUUCGCUGGUCAGCAGCUGACGGUCUUGAAGGAAGACGUCCUGGUGGACAACGACGUUUUCACAUCCUACACAGAUGAAGACGGACAGGUAUGCGAAUGCCAUAAUACAUCAAGACGGCAAGAACUCAUUUCACACACUACUGCGACAUGCGGUGCCUCCCGACUCAUCACACUCUGUGGGUUUGUUGUCAGCCACGCGAUCCGAUAUCCGCCACCCUCACUCUUUUCCGCUACCUGCUACGCGUUGUUCUCCGAGUGAAGUGGAUCACGACCAAAGAUAACGGAGAUGUCAUCGACCUCACCGUCUGGACAAGGUAUGUCGUACGACGCCAAUACUCUACACGGUCGAGACAGUUUCCCUGUGACAUAUUUGGGGCUCAUACAAUCAUCGCAGACUUCUCAUUCAGGGUCGCGUGCCGUCUCUAUCGAACAGGUGCUGUCGACAUAUUUCUUCUGUCUUUCCUCUGAAUUGUGGUAAUAUGCUGUUGCACAAGCAGUCUCACGCCAUUCCCUAUGUGUCAUCAUUCUCAUGGAA